AUGGAUCGGGCCGCGAUGCCACUGCCAAGGCUUUCGCUGCUCUAUCUGCCCGGCUGCGGUUCUUUGCCCGGUGGCCGCAAGGAGCGAUUUCUGGAGGCCUACGCGAAGCAGCGUGGCUGCCACCUGCGCUGCUUGGAGUACGCAAAGCCGCUGGGAUCCGAGGACCCACUGCGGCCAGCCGAGGCCCUCAGCAGCCUCGAAGAGGCAGUUCGUGACGCCCAGCGUGUAUCGUUGCCACCUGCACUGGUCGUGGCCGCCUCAAUGGGUGCCUGGAUAGCCGCCGGCCUCGCCCGACUUGGGGGUGUUUGCGGAGCUUUGCUGCUGGCACCGGCGGGGGCGCGGAUAGUGUCUAAAGCAAUGGCUGGACGAUCUGCAGGCACUGCUAUCCUGCCUUCGGAACAUUCGGCCACGGGCGGCUACACCAUCAACUCGACCAUCCUUGUGGAGCUUGAGGAGGCCUCGAUCGCUGACAUGAUGCCUGCUGCUUGUCCGGUUUGCAUCCUUCACGGCGACAAAGAUGAGGCAGUGCCGCUCGAAGCUUCGGAAGAGCUCCUCGGCCAAUUGCUGGCUAAAGGUGGAGAGGCACGCAGCCCGAACUGCCCGAGCCCUCGACCAGCUGCAGCUUCAAAAGUGGGAUCUUCGGACUCCUCGCACCUCAUGCAACCCUUCGCCGAAUCCACGGCGGUGACCACCGCCUGUCCAAACCUGCUGAGCUGCAGGUCCUCGAGGAGGAGCUGGAUCGGCUGA